AUUUGUUCCACCAGAAAGCCUGCUUUGCUGGUUAGGUUCACAGUUGCUCGCACAUUGUUGGAUUUCAAGUUUCGAUUGCCUAGACAUAUUUGCAUGUGAGUGCGAUGCUUGCACAAUUACUGGCUUGAAGCCCUCAGGAUGAACCAUUACUUGCCCUAACCGAAGAUCUGUUCUUGGAGUUAAUUUCGAGUCUGAUAGCGGUUGUUCUUGUCCGCGGGUGCUUUCCUGGUAUUUAAUUCAUGCGUGGAUUUAUCAACAUUAUCGUCACUUGAAUCUUAUUUUCGAUAAUAUUUUAGGUCAGGUGGAUGAGAAAACGCAAACCUCCUCUAUUGCUGUGAGGACAUGGAUCACAUAGGGUGGAUAGGGAAGCCAUGGCCAGAAUUUAAUGAAGGAAUUCAGUACAUCAAUGCUUUCGAGUGCUCUCCUUCCUCCGCAGUUCCAAGCCUGUUAGAUUAUUAUUCCGCAAAGUACAAGGAAUCGGCAUCUGAAAAAGGAUGGUUGCAGCGCAUUCAGAAUGGUCAGAUUCGUGUUGAUGGAAACGUGAUUACAGAUCCUGGCUUCUUACUCAGGGAUGGAGUUACUUUAGUAUACCAAAGGCUUCCGUGGCGGGAGCCUGAAGUGCCCUACCGUCUUGGUGUCCUCUAUGAAGAUGAUCAUCUGGCUGUGAUGGUCUGUGCUAUUGUUCCGCAGGUAGCGAUAAACAAACCUUCAGGCUUGCAAGUUCUACCAGGGGGACUUUUUCAGCAAAGAACAGUAUUGAAGCAGCUGGAAUGGGAUAAUGAAGAGAAAGAGAAACAUCUGCAAGCCUGCUUAGCGUCGGUGUCAUCUUCAGAUGAGACAAGGCUCUGGAAACCAGCUCCAGUUCACCGACUUGGUCGAGGAACUUCAGGAAUUCUGCUUUGUGCAAAGUCUCCAGCCGCUAAGUCGAAGCUUGCUGCUGAUUUGGCGGCAGGCACUUCUGUAAGCAUUGACAGGAUGAAGAAAGGGGAUGGAGAGAUUGAUCGAAAAAUUACCAAAACUUAUCGUGCUCUAGCAAGUGGCAUCAUUAUGGAAGACGAGGUUUUUGCAGAUAUACCAAUUGGAAAAGUGAAAUAUUCAGGUGUUGCAGGUGGACUCAACAUGGCAACAGAGAUAGGAGGGAAGCCAUCUCAAAGCAAAGUCACCGUACUGUGGCGAGAUAUUGUAGAAAAUCAAACACUAGUUGAGGUACAAAUUUACACGGGGAGGCCCCAUCAAAUACGCAUUCACCUAGCUGCUUUGGGUCACCCCUUAGUAGGAGACCCACUUUACGUCGCUGGGGGAAGACCACGUGAAGAUUUGAACACUGUCAAUGCGGAAAAUUGUGAGGACAAAUCUAUGGAUCCUGCUGAUGAUGGUGGGUACCAAAGACCGAAAUCUGUGUUGCCAGGUGACUGUGGUUAUCUGUUACAUGCUUGGCGUCUUUCUUUCUUUCACCCAGUUACCAGCCAGGAGAUAACUAUUAUGGCCCCUGCACCACCACAGCUUCAGGUUCCUGUUGAGAAGGAAAAUACAUGAUUGUUCGAUUGUAUUCUGUCUCGAUAUCAAUCAAAACAGUGCAGUUCUCUUUUUCUUGCUAUUGCUAUGUUAAUCAAGUCCUUUGAUUAUGUUACCUGGAUGUAAGAGAUUGCUGAAGCAUAGAAUAGUGUCAGAGAUCACUUUUCUGUUUUGACCGAAUAUUGCUUCCACAAUUCAACCCCAAAUAUUGUGCUUGAAUUUAA